CUUGCGUGCUGACGUUAAGGGCCGCGCGAGGCGGCCAACUGUAACGGUUGCUGGGCUUCGCACCUCAACAGUCGUUGGUGUAUUUUUCUGGGGUCACGUUUUACUUUCUUAAAGGUGGCGCGUUGUGCUUUGGGGGUCGUAUGUACUGAAUUGAGCCAAGAAGAGCGUUUGUGAGCGUCUGAUGCUGAGUGAAAAUAGUGGCUGGGAACGAGGAGGGUUUAGAAAUCGUGUUGGUGCCCCGUUCCCUACCACUGAUUAUUUAUUGAGUGUUCCUUGCUUUACCCCACACUCUUUGACCAGGAUUUUUUUUUCUUGGGUUUCUUUCCACCUCUGUGUCUUCCAUUCUGCGUACUCAAAAGGUUCUCGAAAUGUCAACUGUCAAGGAGCAGCUUAUUGAAAAUCUAGUUGCAGAAGAUGCAGUCUCCCAAAGGAAGAUCACCAUUAUUGGAUCUGGUUCUGUAGGCAUGGCUUGUGCUAUUUGUAUCUUACUGAAGGAUUUGGCUGAUGAACUUGCCCUUGUUGAUGUUGCAGAGGACAAAUUGAAGGGAGAAACGAUGGAUCUUCAGCAUGGCAGUCUUUUCUUUAGUACUUCAAAGAUUGUCUCUGGAAAAGAUUACAAGGUAUCUGAAAACUCCAAAUUAGUUAUUGUCACAGCAGGUGCAAGGCAGAAAGAAGGAGAAAGUCGCCUUGAUCUGGUCCAACGUAAUGUGACUAUCAUGAAAUCAAUCAUUCCUUCCAUAGUCCGUUAUAGUCCUGAUUGUAAAAUGCUUAUUGUUUCAAACCCAGUGGAUAUUUUGACAUAUGUGGUCUGGAAGAUAAGUGGUUUACCUGCAAGUCGUGUAAUUGGAAGUGGAUGCAAUCUAGACUCUGCCCGUUUCCGUUACCUCAUUGGAGAAAAAUUGGGUGUCCAUCCCACUAGCUGCCAUGGUUGGAUUAUUGGAGAACAUGGUGAUUCUAGUGGGCUUAUAUGGAAUAAAGGAAGAAAUCUUUCUCAGUAUCCCUUGUAUCUUGGGGCGGAAUGGCAUCUCAGAUAUUGUGAAGGUUAAGUUGAAUUCUCAAGAGGAGACCCUUCUCAAGAAGAGUGCAAAUACACUUUGGAAUAUUCAAAAGGAUCUGGAAUUUUAAAGCCUUUUAAUGUUCCAUUGUUUUAUAAAACAGAAAAUAAGAAGAUUGUAUAUUUUACAUUUUGAGAGUGUUCUUAUCUGAUCUGUAAAGAAAUUAAAAAAAUGGAGACCUAUCAA